AUGAACUAUACUCUACCAGGGCAAAUCGAGGCCCUGGAAGCCGUAGAACUUGGACGCAUCAUUGCCCGCGAAGCAGGGCCGCGUGGUAUUCGCCAAGAACCGCACUCUCACGGUUUCGACGCGAAGACUACGUUCAAGGGCGUCAUCAUCGCUAAUAACAUCUACGCGCGCAACACAGCGGAAGGAGGUUUACGCACAGGCGCUGCCGACCUGGUUGGAUUCGGUCGUCUCUACAUCACAAACCCAGACUUGGCGGAGCGUUUCCAGAACGACUGGUCCGUGGAGCCGAUGGCUGGACACGAGGUGUACAAGAACUCGGCACUUGGAGGUAAGUUCUACAACGACUACCCGUCAUACCAAUUCAAGAACUAG